ACGUUAGGUUCGAUAUCAUUCGAAGAAUAAUGACCAGAUUUUUUGAAACUGAUGUCAUCAUGGUGAUGGGGAUUACGGACAUAGACGACAAAAUAAUUAAAAGGGCCAAUGAGAUGAAUAUAUCACCAAUAGCUCUUGCUCGUAUUUAUGAAGAAGACUUUAAACAAGAUAUGGCUGCCUUGAAGGUCCUUCCUCCUACAGUAUAUAUGCGAGUGACUGAAAACAUUCCUCAGAUAAUUUCCUUUAUAGAGAGAAUAAUUGCUCAUGGACAAGCUUACGCCACCRUGGAAGGCAAUGUUUAUUUUGAUGUUAAGUCUUGGGGAAAGAGAUACGGAGUGUUAACUACUAUUCAUCCUGGUGCAGAAGAUGAAUCAGCUGAUUCUGAUAAACGGCACAGUAAAGAUUUUGCCCUGUGGAAGGCUGCCAAGCCUCAGGAGCUGUUUUGGACCUCUCCCUGGGGAAGAGGAAGACCUGGAUGGCACAUUGAGUGCUCCACCAUAGCAAGUGCAGUGUUUGGAGAGCAUCUGGACAUCCAUACUGGUGGAAUAGAUCUUGCAUUUCCUCACCAUGAAAAUGAAAUUGCACAGUGUGAGGCAUAUCACCAAUGUGAGCAAUGGGGGAAUUAUUUUUUGCAUUCUGGUCAUUUACAUGUUAAGGGAAGUCAAGAAAAAAUGUCCAAGUCGCUAAAAAACUACAUAACAAUUAAGGAUUUCCUGCAGAAGUUUUCAGCCGAUCAGUUCAGGAUGUUUUGUUUGCGCAGCAGAUACAGCUCAGCUGUGGAAUUCAGCGACGAGACCAUGGAUGACGCRAAGCACCUUCUGCGGGCGGUUUCCUCCUUCAUGGAAGAUGCCAGCGCCUACGUGAAGGGCCAGCUGGUGUGUGGCCCUGUGAGGGAAGACCUGCUCUGGGAAAGGCUGGACCGCACGGAGGCGACCGUGAGGGCGGCGCUUGCCGACGACUUCGACACCCCCGGCGCCGUGGCAGCGGUUAUGGACCUCAUUCACCAUGGCAACCGGCAGCUCACGGCCGUUUCCAAGGAAACUGGAUCUCCUAGAAGCUCCGUUGUGUAUGGCAGCAUCGUUUCCUAUGUAAAGGACUUUUUUAAUGCCCUUGGAAUGUCUCUUGGGGAAAAACAGGGCGGCGYGGCGGGCGGCCGGGGCGCCCUGCUCGGCCGCGUGCUGGAGGAGCUGGUGCAGUUCCGGGCGCGCGUGCGCGCCUACGCGCUCGCCCACACCGACACGGACACGGCCCCGGCCCCGGACACGGCGCCCGACCCGCAGCGGCGGCGGCGGCGGCUCAGGGAGGAGAGGCAGCCCCUCCUGGAGGCCUGUGACCAUCUGCGCCGAGACCUCGCCGCCUUGGGAGUCCACAUAAAGGACAGAACGGCAGGGUCAACCUGGGAAAUUGUGGAAGGGGGCCAAGCAGAGCCAAAGAAGGAGAAAAAGCCCUGAUCCCUCAUCGUGGGACUUCUUGUUUUUGGUUCCAAUUACAUUCGGARCA